AUGGCCGCCGGGCCACUGCCACCGGAGGAGCUGGACCUGGACUUUCUCCUCCAUCCCGACCCGCCCUCCCCCUCCGUCUUCCUCGACCUCCCGCCCACGCCUCCGCCCAGCUACUUGGACGACGACGACAUGGUGCUCCCCUACAUCUCGCACUUGCUCAUGGAGGAGGAGGACGCCCACGCCGACAGCUUCUUCUACCAGUACCCCGACCACCCCGCGCUGCUCCACGCCCAGCAGCCAUUCGCCGACAUCCUAGCCGACGCUGCUGCUGCCUGCAGCACCAGCUCCACCGCCACCGCCACCACAACCUCGCCAUCCUCCUUCACCUCCGUCGACGCUCCUCAGGAUCAGGGGCAGGGCACCUCUGACUCUGACCACUCGCCCAACACCAACGGGAGGGAUGCAAAUGCAGACAUGGCCACCUCCGCUUUCCUCAAGGGCAUGGAGGAAGCCACCAAGCUCUUGCCAUCCAACACCACCACUCUGCUCCUCCACGACGCCAGGGGCCGCAAGAACAGGCACGCUACUGCCACGGACGACGACGGCGACCCAGAGUUGCGCAGGGCCAACAAGCUCGUGCUGCCGGCCGAGACGGCAGACGAAGCCGACGCCCGCCGGAUGUUCGACGAACUGAUGAUCCACGAGCGCGACGACAUCUGCAUCAACAUGAAGGGCGUGCAGCAGCAGCAGGGCCAGGGCCUGCUGGCCACCUCCACGGACGACACUGACAGCACCCAGAAGCCCACGCGGCGGCGGAGGCGCCGGGGCUCGGCUGCCGGCGACGGCCCGGUGGACCUGCACGCGCUGCUGCUCCGGUGCGCGCAGGCCGUGUCCACGGACGACCGUGCGGCCGCGCAGGACCUCCUGGCGCACAUCCGACGCCACUCCUCACCGACUGGCGACGCCGCGCAGAGGCUGGCGCACUGCUUCGCCGAGGGCCUGGAGGCGCGCCUGGCCGGCACGGGCAGCCGCCUGUACCGCUCGCUCAUGCUCCGCCGCACCUCCGUCGCCGACUUCCUCAGGGCCUACCGCCUCUACAUGGCCACCUGCUGCUGCAAGAAGGUGGCGUUCACCUUCUCCAACAAGACCAUCCGCGACGCCAUUGCCGGGGGCGCCAGGCGCCGGUUGCACAUCGUCGACUACGGCCUCGGCUACGGGUUUCAGUGGCCCGGACUUCUGCGCGGCAUCGCCGCGAGGGACGGCGGACCUCCGGAGCUGGUCAGGAUCACCGGCAUUGACCUGCCGCAGCCUGGCUUCCGCCCGGCGCACCAGAUCGAGGACACCGGCCGCCGCCUCAGCGAUUGCGCGCGCCAGCUCGGCGUCCCGUUCGAGUUCCGAGGGAUCGCGGCGAAGAGAGAGGACGUUUCUCCCGAGGACCUGGACAUCGACCCAGCUGCCGAGGUGCUCGUUGUGAUCAGCCUCUGCCAUUUCAGGCUUCUGACGGACGAGAUCGAGAUCAGCGUCGCCGCCGCCACGCCUUGCCGUCCCAGACCCAGCCCCAGCCCCAGCCCCAGCCCCAGGGACCAGGUGCUCGGCAACAUCCGUCGGAUGCGGCCCGACGUGUUCAUCCACGGCGUCGUCAGUGGCGGCUACGCCACCACCUACUUCCCGACGCGGUUCAGGGAGGCGCUGUUCUACUACUCGGCGCAGUUCGACCUGCUGGACGCCACCGUCCCGCGGGACAGCCCGGAGAGGCUGCUGCUGGAGAGGGACAUCUUCGGCCGCGCCGCCAUGAACGUCGUCGCGUGCGAGGGCGCCGACCGGGUGGAGCGCCCCGAGACGUACCGGCAGUGGCAGACGCGGAACCAGCGGGCCGGGCUCAGGCAGCUCCCGCUGGAGCCUGCCGUCGUGAAGGUGGUGAUGGACAAGGUGAAGGACAACUACCACAGGGACUUCGUCGUCGACGAGGAUCAGGGGUGGCUGCUGCACAGGUGGAAGGGCCGUGUUCUCUAUGGCCUGUCCUCAUGGGUUGCAUGCUGA